GAAAAUAAAUAAACAAAUCCCAUUGCUUCAUUUCAGGAGGUGAUCUGGGAGAGAGGCGUUCUUUGGAACACAACACGUGUUGGAAACGAGGAAGUAACACACACCCGGGGGCUGGUGUGGUGACGGAUUGUAUCCGUUAAUUUGACAGGAAGUAAUCGCACUGGCCCGGGCUAGUCGUAGGAGCCGGUUUUAGCCCAGGGUCCGGCUGAGUGGCGCCUGGGUGGGUGUGUGUGUGUGUGUGUGUGCGCUGGUCGCGCUGUCACCGCCAGGAAGCGGUGCUGGUUGUGGUGCUGGGUGGUUUGGGGGGGAGUCAGGGGGAAAUGCUUCUCCGAUGAUGGCGGAUGGACAGGGAGACGGUGCUGAACUCGGGCUGCAUGUUCCGCAGCUUCCCCUGGCCAACUCUACUGGCAUCCCCCCCGAAGAUCAGCCCGUCUCGAACGGGAAUGGGAAAGGUCCGGAGCCCGAGCGACCAGCCGGCAGCUGUGGGACUGCAGAGGCGAAGCAGAAUGCCAAUCCCCGGAGUAGCAUCAUCAAGGAUGGGACACGACAGAGGAGGGAUAGGAAAAAAACAGUUUCAUUCAGCAGCAUGCCCAAUGAUCGGAAAAUUAAUAGCACUGCAGCCUGCAUUUCCUUCAUGCUGGAGGGCUGUGAGAUGAAAAAGGUUCGGUCCAACUCCAGAGUGUACAAUCGUUACUUCAUCUUGGAUUCUGACAUGAGGUCCCUGAGAUGGGAGCCAUCUAAAAAAGACUCUGAAAAGGCAAAGAUUGAAAUAAAAUCCAUCAAAGAAGUAAGACUGGGGAAGAAGACCCCGGUGCUUCGCAGUAAUGGGAUUUCUGAGCAAUUUUCAGAUGAAUGUGCUUUUUCAAUAAUAUAUGGGGAGAACUAUGAAUCGUUAGACUUGGUGGCUAGUUCUGCUGAUAUUGUGAACACUUGGGUCAUGGGGUUGAGGUACCUGGUUUCAUAUGGAAAAGAUACACUUCAAGCGAUUGAGUCAGACCGAAACAGCUUACGGUCUUCAUGGCUGGAAUCUGUGUUCCAGGCUGCAGAUGUAGACAAAUGUGGCCACAUCCCACUGGCUACGGCUGCCCAGCUAAUCAAGGGUCUGAGACCAGGAAUGAGGACCACAAAAGCGGAACUUAAAAUAAAAGAAUUGCAGAAAUCAAAGGACAAAAUGGGGACGGAGGUCACGUUGGAGAUUUUCGCUGAGGCAUACUGUGAGCUCUGCACACGGCCGGAAAUAUUUUUUCUGCUUGUACAGUUUUCCAGCAAUAAAGAAUACCUCGACUCUAAGGACCUGAUGCUAUUCCUGGAUGCAGAGCAGGGAAUGGAGGGUGUCACGGAAGAUAUGUGUUUGGAAAUUAUUUGCAAGUAUGAGCCAUCACAGGAAGGUCAGGAAAGGGGGUUCCUCUCCAUAGAUGGCUUCACCAAUUACCUCUUAUCACAGGAGUGUCAUCUGUUUGACCUGCAGCAUGAAAACGUCUGCCAGGAUAUGACUCAGCCUCUGUCCCAUUACUACAUUAAUGCAUCUCAUAAUGCAUGUCUACUGGAGGACCAUUUCUGGGGGUCUUCAGAUAUUAAUGGUUACAUCCGGGCUCUGAAGAUGGGUUGCCGGAGCAUUGAACUGGUGGUUUGGGAUGGCCCUGACAAUGAGCCUUCCAUUUAUGCUGUCCAUCUGGUGACAACGCAGAUAGCCUUUCGGGAUGUUCUUGACGUGAUCAAUAAGUAUGCUUUUGUGGCAUCUGAACAUCCACUAAUUCUCUGCCUGAUCACCCACUGUUCGAUUCAACAGCAGAAAGUGAUGGCUCAGCAUCUGAAGAAGAUUCUGGGAGAUAGACUGCACACAGACCAUCCAGACCCAGAGGACAAUUACCUCCCGUCACCAGAGCAACUCAAAGGGAAGAUUCUCCUGAAAGCUAAAAAGUUACCCGGGAAUUGUUACGACUCUGAGGGAGAUGUUAGUGAUGAAGACGAAGGAAUUGAAAUGUGUCAGAGGAUGAGUGAAGACGAGGCGGAUCAAUUGAGCACAGUCACCGAGAAGAAGCUAAGGCUUUCGAAAGAGCUCUCUGAUCUGGUGAGCUUCUGCAAAUCGGUGCAGUUUAAGGACUUUGAAACUUCCAAAAGAAAGCAGAAGUCCUGGGAAAUCUGCUCAUUCAAUGAGGUGGUGGCAAACAGAUUUGCCAAUGAGUAUCCGGAGGACUUUGUGAUUUAUAAUAAGAAGUUUCUGUCCAGGGUGUACCCAAGUCCCAUGAGAAUCGAUGCCAGUAAUAUGAACCCACAGGACUUUUGGAAAUGUGGCUGCCAAAUCGUGGCCAUGAACUAUCAGACUCCGGGACUCAUGAUGGAUCUCAACAUCGGCUGGUUUCGACAGAAUGGGAACUGUGGGUAUGUUCUUCGACCUGCUAUCAUGAGGGAAGAGGUAUCCUACUUCAGUGCUAACACAAAGGACUCAUUGCCUGGCGUUUCGGCCCAGCUGCUUCACAUUAAAAUCAUUAGCGGUCAAAAUCUGCCGAAACCCAAGGGUUCUGCAGCCAAGGGUGACGUUGUGGAACCGUAUGUCUAUGUGGAGAUCCAUGGCAUUCCAGCUGACUGUACAGAACAAAGGACUAAGACCGUGACUCAAAAUGAGGACAAUCCUAUCUUUGAUGAAAGCUUUGAAUUUCAAAUUAACUUGCCUGAGCUUGCGUUGUUACGUUUUGUAGUUUUAGAUGACGACUACAUCGGAGAUGAAUUCAUUGCACAGUACACUAUUCCCUUUGAAUGCUUGCAGGCAGGGUACAGGCAUGUGCCCCUUCAGUCGUUGACAGGAGAAUUUUUGCCACACAGCACAUUGUUCAUACACGUGGCCAUCACCAAUCGUCGAGGCGGAGGCAAGUCUCAGAAAAGAGGGCUUUCAGUUCGCAAAGGGAAAAAGGCUAGAGAGUAUACAUCAACCAGGACUAUAGGGAUCAAAGCUAUAGAUGAAGUUUUUAGGGCAGCCACCCAACCUUUACGUGAAGCAACGGAUUUACGAGAAAAUGUGCAGAAUGCCAUGGUCUCAUUUAAAGAGUUGUGUGGUCUGACGCCCGCAGCGAACAUGAAGCAAUGCAUUCUAACGUUGUCGUCGUGGUUACUGAACAGUGACAACACAGUGCUGGUGACACUGAACCUCAGUGAACAGUACCCUUCCAUGGAGGCACAAGGUCCAGUUCCAGAUCUCCUCAGGAAGGUUCUGGCAGCCUACGAUACGAUGAUCCAGACCAGCAAAAUGCUGAUUGAAUCUGCUGAUGCUGUCUAUGUGAAGAUAAUACAGGCUCAGAAGGCUGGGUUGGACUUCCAUGAAGAUUUGCAUGGAAUUGGAUCGAAAGAAGGUCUGAAAGGACGGAAACUCCAAAAAGCGAUUGAGAGCUUUGCUUGGAAUAUCACUGUGUUAAAAGGUCAAGCAGACCUCCUGAAGCAUGCAAAGAAUGAAGCAUUGGAUAACCUGAGACAGAUCCACUAUGCGGCACAGUCUUGUGGCAUCAGUAAGAAUGGCUCGAUGUCUCCAGACCUAUUCAGAACACGGGGGAUUCUGGAGAGCAUUCCCGAAAGUGAAAACACGAGUGACAAUGGGUCUUGCUGACCCCAGCGGGCUUGGGAAUGAUAGGAAAUUGUAAAUAAUACACACACAUGUUCACAUUCUUGCUUGAGCCCUCUCAGCCUCUGAUAGGCGAUUUUGUAAGACAUGUAUUGGAUUUGACAGUUGCCUUAAUAACAUUUCAUCCUAGAAACAAGGCCAUGUACUAUGCAUUGAGCUGCUUUUAAGGGUCAUCACGACUCAGUGCUUGAGAACAGUGCUAAACUCCUAGUUGUAUCAAUGACAGCACAUCCAAGUCAAUGUGUGGCUCCUAAGUUGCCUAUCAGCGUAGUUACAAUGGCAGGGCCUGGAUAUAAGCCUGUGGUUCCUUCCACAUGCAGUGAAAUCUUAAUCUUAAUUAUGCCACUGUGGGCCCUGGCCAAUUGGAAAUUAGCCAUUUCUCUACAGAAACCAAGGGGAAACAAAAUAUCCACAGAAUCAAAAGGCGUCAAUGUUGAGUAGUUAUAUUUUAGUAAAAUACUGUUAAAUGGAAGCUGGGGUGCUGUCCCUGGAUGGACACCUAGAGGUAGAUGGAGCAGCAGGUCUGCUGGAGGUCAAAGGCGCCAUUAUGUUCUGGAGACUUGCCGGGUAUAUUUCAGUAAGCAAGUAUGCUUGAGAAAUCUUAUGUUUUCGCAUUACAUUUUCACCUAUUGACUCUGGAUGGGUGAAAAUCUAGCCCAAACGAUGUAACAAAGUGCAUCUGGAACCUUUAUUGUAGGUCAAACAUUUGUGCCACAGUCCCACCGAUAUUUGUCUCAGUUCAAAUCUGAGAUUGGAAAUCAAGCUCCUUUUUCAUCACUGGCAAUGCAAGGCGAUCAUUUCAGUGGAGAUGAACAAUGUGUGUCUCUGCUGUAAAUCAAUCACUGUGCUCCCAUUUCAGCCUCACUUCAAAGGCGCUCGUCAGAUCCAAAUCACUGUCUCAAUUCCGGUUAUUGUGACUAGACAGUUGCAAGGAAUCUCAUUUCCAACCACCCAGUAAUGUGUGUCUGUGUAAUAAAGUCAUCCAAAAUAAUAUUUAUGUUUCUCUUUCUGAAUUUUGACAUAAAUGUUUUCUGAAAUCUCGUUUGCCUCUUUAUCUUCAGCGGCUGAGCCAGAAUGUCAUUUACCACCGAAAGCAGGAGUAUGUUCUGUCAAAUUAAUAAUCACGACCUUUAAAACUAAUGGACUACAAUGCUGGUAGAUACCUCUGGACUUGAUACAAUAGUAGCAUUUGACCGCCCUCCCAGUAUAAAGAAGAUGGGCAGAAAAAUUUUAUUUUAGUAUUUUAGUUUUUGUUCAGUUUCCCAGUAAUGUCAUUAUGCUGCUAUUGAAGAUAAAGCAUUAUAAAUAAAGUAACUGUUCUUCCA